CUCUUCUGAUGUGAGGGCUUUGCUCUUUGGUUCAGAAAUUAACAGCGUCUUUUACAGUUAUGUACAAGUGUCAGAUAUUCACAUCAGUAGAUUUAGGGAUCCCAAGCGAGCUCCUGACUUCGAAAAAUUCUGUUCUGAAACAAUUGAUAUAAUUCAGCCAGCACUUGUUCUAGCAACAGGUGACCUGACAGAUGCUAAGACAAGAGAUAAACUGGGAUCUGAGCAGGUAGAAGCGGAAUGGAAAAUUUACCAGUCAAUCCUGAAGAGAUCAAGGGUCAUGGAAAAAACCAAGUGGAUAGACAUCAAAGGGAAUCAUGAUUCGUUCAACAUUCCACACCUGGAUAGCAUUCAGAAUUAUUACAGGAAAUACUCUGCCUGGCGUAAAGAUGGUUCAUUCCAUUACAUCCACACCACCUCUUUUGGGAACUAUUCAUUCAUCUGUGUCGAUGCCACACUCAGCCCAGGCCCUAAGAGACCCUAUAAUUUCUUUGGGAUUUUAAACACGAAUCAAAUGAAAGAGCUAUCUCUGAUGGCAACAGAAAGUCUGCACAGCAAUCAUACUGUCUGGUUUGGCCAUUUUCCCACCUCAACAAUCAUCUCCCCAGUCCCAGGAAUACGAUCAUUACUGAGUUCUGCCACAGCCUAUUUAUGUGGGCAUCUCCAUACAAUGGGUGGGCUGAUGCCAGUCUUGCACAGUCAACACCGUGGCGGCACUCUGGAACUCGAAUUGGGAGACUGGAUGGAUAACAGGAGGUACCGGAUCCUUGCAUUUGAUCAUGACCUCUUUAGCUUCGCAGAUCUUAACUUUGAAGAAUGGCCCGUAGUUCUCAUCACCAAUCCCAAAUCCUUCCUUUACAGCAGUUCUGCUCAUGAACCACUAGUCAAAAUUCUUUACUCCACUCAUAUCAG